AUGCAUCUCCAUCGAGCACAGCCUCUUGAAAAGAAAGCUCUGUGCGGGGACGACCUUGUGGCGACGGGGGCGCUCGCCAUGGUGGAGCAGACGCAUCCGAUGCGCAACGGCGUGAUUCACAACAUGGACGCCAUGCAGGAGAUCUGGGACUAUGCUUUGUGCGAGCGGCUGCCAGCGCUGGUGGAGACAUCUGGUGGGGGCACAGCCCGAUGGCGGUAUGAAGAUGGCCUCGAGUGGCUGCAGGAGAGGCCCUUGCUGCUGAGCGAGCCACCGAAUAUGUCGCUUCGGCAGCGAUGUGACCUUCUUGAACUGUUCUUCGAAAAAUACGGCCUUUCAGCGAUCCAGACAGUGCAGCAGGGAAUCCUGUCGCUCUUCGCGAACGGCACCGAGCGCGGCGUCGUCGUCGAGUGUGGCGAGGGGCUCUCCCACUGCACGCCGGUGUUCGACGGAUUCGUGCUAGCGACCGCACAGCGCGUCGUCGGCGUGGCUGGUCGCGCGGUGACCGAGCGCCUUGGGCAGGUCCUGCGGCAUCAGCAGCCGCAUCGACGGUACCAGCGUCGUGUGCCAACAGGGUCUGGUACAAGCGCAAUGUCGCAUGCGUCUUGGCUCUUCCAUGACAUGAACACGCUCCAGCAGAUCAAGGAGCGUUACUGCUUUGUGGCACGCCAGAAGAACGGCCUAGAGGAUCGGCUGACGCGUGAGACGAGCGCUCUGCACCGCGAUUGUGUGCUUCCGGACGGCACCUCCUGCCGCCUGGGGCCCGAGCGGUUCGCCGCGCCAGAGGUACUCUUCAACACGCAAGAGAUCGGCCACGAGUCUGACGGCAUCACCACGGCGCUGUGGAAGUCGAUCGAGGCUGCCGACAUCGACGUGCGUGCUGCCCUCUAUGAGAACAUCAUUCUCUCCGGAGGGUCCACCUUGCUGCCAGGCUUUGGGGAGCGGCUGCAGCAGGAGAUGAAGUCCUUCUACUUGACGGAGAAGCUGAACGGCGACCCGGCACGCAUGGCUUGGUGCCCGAUCCGGGUGAAGGAACCGCAGCGGCGGCAACACAUGGUAUACAUGGGCGGCGCCCUCCUUGCAGAGCUAUCGCAGGAUCAGCCAGAGAGGUGGUUGUCGCGGAGCGCCUACGGGGAAGGCGGCACCUCUGCGAUCAUCGCUCGCUACCAUGCAACAGACUGA